CAAAUCCCAGUGACGAAGGUGCUUUCGUCACACCAUACUUCAAGUUAUCCAGUAAUUGUCAGAGUUGGACUCGAUAUGGACAGCACUCAGUCAUUGGAUGCAGAAGAUGCGAGAUCCAAGGACAUGCUGACCGAAUGGACAAGCACAAACAAACUAUUGAAACGACAUGGUUGCACCCCAAUAUGUGUGACCAAACCCCGGGGCAGAGAUGGCGUGUCAGGCGCAGUAUUAUUGGAUGUUCAGGCAUCUGUGGCGGUACAAAGUGCAGUGAAGAUGCUGGUGGACGACACUGAGCGGAGACAGAAUCUGAUUCAUGAUCUUAUCAAGGCUAAUGAGCAGCUCAAGGAGGAUGUGAGGCUCCAGCAGAGCCGAGCUGAGCGCCAUGAACAGAAAGCCAGUGCUUUGCAGAACAUCUUGGACAGCGUAAAAAACAAAAUUCGAAACCUUGAAGAUGAUUUUAUCGCGAAAACACGUAAACACCAAAUGGAAAUGAGCAAUCUCUUGAAGGAAAAGCAGGUGGUCCUGGAUCAGUGUCGGUCACACACAGAGAAAUUUGGAGACCAGGAGGAGCAGAUCUCGAAGCUCAGAUUCAGAUUAUCCCAAGCAGAGAGCUCCCGGGAGCAGCAACUCGCCCGUCAGCGGAAGGUUUUUAUACACCUGGUGAGAAGAGCACCAAAAGAAAAUAACACCCUGGAUCAGCAGAUUCUGGACAUCAUUGAUGGUUACGAGCAACAAGUAGCCCACCUGCAGAGGGAGCUACGCUUAUAUAAAGUAGAUAAUAUCCCAGUGUUGAAACCGGGAUCCUCAGCGUUUGAUGACCAAGUGAGGGAGCAGGAAUCCUCGGUAGACACCCCAGUGAGGGAACGCGUUCACUGUGAGGAGUCGCUGGACUUGGAUGCCACCCCAAAUUACAAAGCUCUUCUAAAGUCUUACCAGGAUCAGAUAAAGGACGCAAACAGAAAGCUUGAGCAGCUAGUUAGAGAGAAUUCACAAACUCGAGAGGAGUUGGCGAGCAGACCGACUGUCCGAGAAUUCAAACAUGGCAAACAGCAAAUCAGAAAACUGGAGACCAUUCUCGUUCGGAAUAAUAUCAGCUUCCGCAAGGUAAUCUGAGAAAAGAACACGGAGCAACUGGAACAGCCGCUAAACACCUGUGUACAAAACCUGGAUCAGCUGCCAGCCAGCGAGUGUCGGCAAUAUCUACAGGGUGUCUGCGCUCAGCUUAAUGUCCAGGAUUUAAAGGAUCUCGUUUCAACAGCUUCAUCAAAAUCCAAGCAAGCAGAAACGUGUGCCGGACUGCGCAAGAUACUGUGUGAGGUCCGGUCCAUACUUGGGGGUCCCAGGGCACCCCAGCUGCUUUAUAAGUGCAGUUUUCGGCAGCAGGAGACGCGUGGCGCAGACCCUACCCAUGACACUGAUUUCCUUCAUCUCCCGCCAACCAUAGAGAUGUGGGCUGGACAACUUCUGUCCCUUAAGACGCUGCUCAGAGCACUUCGAAAACUGAGUGAGACUCUGAUGCCAAAUCAUCCAGUGGCGGAGAGUCAUGCCGCCAGCGACGCUGUGCGUGUUGAAGAGUUGCUACUACUUGUGGACACAAUGAUGGAGGAUGCAGAGAACAGGACGCAGGAUACGUCGCGCAUUUCGCCUCAUACUCUCCAGGCACUGGUCUCGCACUUCCAGAAACUGUUUGAUGUUCCGUCCUUGAGCGGUGUGUACCCCCGCAUGAACGAGGUAUACUGCAAACUGGGUGAGACAAGCAACAUGAUGAAGAACCUGCAGUGUAUCCUGGGAAUGGAUGAUAAAGUGUCGUGUGGCGAGUUGGUGAACGUUGUUUGGCAGUUGUGCAGAGAGGUGGAGGAGGGAGACAAUCAGAAGCUGCAGGAAAUCCUGGGGACAUUGGAUAUAGACAGCGUUAUCAACAAGAUCCAGGAACAUGAGGACUUUUUUCCAGCCUUCGAGGGGUUAAUAAAGGAGCUCCUUGAUGUUCUGGGAAUUUGCCAAUUAGGGGAAAUCCUGCCGGAAGUGCAGAGGUUAAAGGCACUGGUUUCUCCUUUAUUAAAUGUUGUUUAAAUUGUUGUUAUGUAAAUAAAUUUCUUAAGAAAU